AUGGGUUCGGCCGAAUCGAGGAACAUCGAGGCACGCCUGGGCAAGGCAAUUUUCACCAAUGUGAACCUCCCACGCAAAUUCUACAUUUGGCAUACCGGCAGAACCAGCACGAAGUUCUUCUUAGCGGAGGACAAGUCAAAUCCCACCCACCUUGUUUCUGUUCCCAACGCGUGCCGCGUCCAGCUUAUUCUCUACAAUGGACCGACGAUUGAGGCAGAGCCCAUGGCUGUGAUUCUAUUCGGCAAUGAUAUUAGCCGCCACGACAGGAUCCAGCUGGCGGCCCGACCAGGAGAAGAAAUGAUGCACGAGGAGAUUCGCAGUCAUUGCCACAGGUGGUCCACGGCAUAUACAUUUGCAACCUUCAUCAAACCAGGCGCACUCCCUGAGAGAUUCCAGUGGCGCAGCAGCCGCUGCAACGAAGUAAAAGAUCUUAACGAGGCUUCGUCAGGGUACAAGCUCGUCCGGCUGGGAGGCGAUGAGGAGAUUGUCGCGGUGGCAAGCCACGCCAGGUGGGGGAAGAACUGGACCAAGGCGGGAGCGUUCAAGUUUGUCGGCCGAGGAGUGACGGGCGAAUUUGGAGAACCAUGGCAAGUCAUAGCUGUGGCGUCAUUAAUCAGGAUCUUGCAGAAGGACAUUGAGUCGGCCUCGACGGCGGCAUUAAUAUCUUGCUCUGGGUAG